UCUAACGACGCUCUUUAUCGACAACGAUGUUCUGGGAUGUAUUAUAAAAAUGAUAUCCCGGGUAGCGGAUCUGACUCGAUAAUUACUGUAAAAUACGAUCAAUCAUCAAAAACAAAUGUGGCAGCAAUCGUAUAUGACUGGCCUGAUAAUGACAAAUUUGGUCAUUCUAAAGUAUAUAUUUGCGAUCAAAAUGCUAUAGCAGCAAAAUACUGCCCCCAAUCGCAACUUGGUGGCUUCAUUGUAAACACUAAUCAAACGUCGAGUAUUGUUACUUAUACAUUCAAUGCUACAAAAAAUGGACAAAGCUUCACAUAUACUAUCAACCGAACCGGGUAUUAUUGUGUUGCUGCACUUCCUUCUCCCAUAAGUGAUAUGAAAUUUCUCGUAACUGUAGAUUGGAAAAACCCAUAUGGUGAAUUGCCUGCCAUGGAUUAUCCUAAAUUGCCGUUUUACGGAGUUUUGACACUUGUUUAUUUGCUUAUCGGAAUUAUAUGGACGGUACUUAGCAUAAUCCAUAGGCAUGAUCUCUUGCCAUUGCAGCACUAUUUAUCAGGUGUAAUUCUAUUUAUUAUAGUGGAAAUGGCUUUUAAUUGGGGAUAUUGGUUUAAUUAUAAUAUGUAUGGAGAUUCAUCAACGUUUUUACUUUGCCUGGUUGCUGUGUUCAACGCCGGAAGAAAUUCUAUUUCAUUCUUUAUGUUGUUGAUUGUUUGCAUGGGAUACGGUGUUGUCAAACCAUCUCUUGGUAGUACAAUGAUUAAAUGUCGUAUAUUAACUUUGGCGCAUUUUGUCUUUGGUGUUAUAUAUGCUGCUGGUACAUUGCUUAUAGAUCCUGAAACUGCAAGCCCUCUAGUGUUUCUAGUUAUUUUCCCUUUAGCUUUGACAAUGACUACAUUUUACGUCUGGACUCUUCAAUCAAUCACAAAUACACUUCAAACUCUUGAAAUUCGUCGACAAACUGUCAAAUCUUUAAUGUAUAAACGACUAUAUAGACUUUUAGUUUUUUCAGUAACAGUUCUCGCUAUCUUCUUUGUAAUUAAUAUGUUCAAUUACGUACAUCGAGAAAAUGCUGACUGGAUACCAAAUAACUGGCAAAAGACUUGGUUUUUGUUGGAUGGAUGGUUGAAUGAAUUGAUGCAAGAUGACAUUUUCGAUGCGGAAAGAAAUAGUAGUCGCCUAUCGGAAAGUCCUGUUUAUGAGCAGGAAAAGUACGGAAGUUCUGGUGGUGAUCGCGGUGAAACUGAACGAUUACACGAUGGUGAUGAUGGAUCUGUAGUGUUUGAUAUAGGCGAUGAAAAUGAUGAGAAAUCAACUUUAAGAGAAAGUGGAGAAAUUAGUAAUGCAAGUCGUGAGAUGUUUAAUGAAGAUGAGACAAGUAAUUAUCAGGAUGCUACAGGAACAGAUUAA